AUGGGCUGCAGAUCUGUAGUUUUUUCUAUUGCCGUGCAAUUUUUCCUUUUUAAAAUUGCAUUGGCUCACCAUCACUCAGACAACACACAACAUAUUACCAAUAGUGUGACUGUGAAAGUGUCUAGCGACGGAGAAAACAUAGGUGAAUUCAAAUUAGGAUUGUAUGGAAAACUGCUUCCAAAAACCGUAGAAAACUUUCUCGCAUUCUGCAAAGGAACCAAAAUAAAUGGGACCUACUACUCGUACAAAAAUAACGCAUUCCAUAGAAUUAUCCCUAACUUCAUGAUACAGGGCGGAGACAUCGUCAACGGCGAUGGCACGGGAUCGGUAUCCAUACAUGGCAAGAAGUUUGACGAUGAAAAUUUUACCAUCAAACACCAGCCCUUCGUCAUAGCUAUGGCGAACUCUGGCCCAAACACCAAUGGAUCCCAGUUUUAUAUUACAACUACUCACACCCCCUGGCUGGACGGCAAGCAUGUCGUAUUUGGUGAGGUUACUGCUGGAAAAGAAGUCAUUCAAAAGAUAGAAAGUGCCGGUAGCAACUCUGGCAGGCCUACAAAAAAAAUAGUCAUCACCGCCAUUUCUCUGCACUAG